AUGAUCAUUACAACAUGGAUCGUGUACAUCUUUGCCCGGAAAGGUGCAGGGCUACCCUUCCCACCAAAGACAAACUCAGACAUUGAAGUUGUGGAAAGCGAGGCUGUAUCUGUAGUUGAACACUGGUUGAACAAAACAGAGGAAGAGGCUGCCCGGAGCAUAAAGGAGAAGAUAUCCACCAGCGGCCCACCCACUCAUGGACACGACAUACAUGUGACCAGAGACUUGGUGAAACACCAUCUCUCCAAGUCUGAUAUGUUGGCAGACCCUAGUCAAGAAGUUCUGGAGGAGAGAACAAGAAUCCAGUUUAUCCGAUGGAGCCAUACCCGUAUCUUCCAAGUGCCAAGUGAAAUGAUAGAUGACGUCAUGCAGGACCGACUAGAUCAAGUGAGACGGAGCAUAUCUCAUCUUAGAUGUGACUCCUACGAUGACCCGAGCUUCAGAACUUCUUGCUCAGAAUGUUAA